AUGGCUCCCCCAAAUGCAAAAAGCUCUGAUUCUUCUUAUUCCGCAGCACAAUGGGAAUCACUCUCGUUGUACGAGAAGUUAGGAGUAUCUAGGAAUUCUACAACUAGAGAGAUUACGACUGCAUACCGAAAACUCGCAAUGAAGUACCAUCCGGAUAAAGGUGGAGAUGAAAAUAUUUUUAAAGAGAUUACCCAAGCUCACGAAAUCUUAACUGACGAUAAUAAAAGACAAAUAUACGAUAUGCACGGACUCGCUGGUCUGCAAGGCGGCAUGAGCGGCGGUCCAUCAGAAGGCAUCAACAUAUUUGAUCUUUUCUUUGGAGGCAGCGGUCCCAAGAAUUCUGGGCCAAGAAAAGGAGCUAGCGAGACUCGUACUUUAGGAUUUACGCUUGAAGAAUUCAAUUCCGGCGUUUCGAAGAAAAUUUCGAUUAACCGUAAAAAGGUUUGUACAAUUUGUAACGGCCGUGGAGCUGCUUCAGAGCACAUCAAGACUUGUCACGUCUGUGGAGGAGCCGGUCGUGUAAUAGAAACGUUCAAGACUGUAGGUUAUAUCAGUCAAAGAAACAUUGACUGUGUAGCUUGUCACUCUUCUGGUAAAAUAAUUGAUCCUUCUAACCGCUGUAAAUCUUGCAAAGGAGCGUGUAUAAUUCGAGAAUCCGAAAACAUAGACGUUAUUCUGCCUCCAGGAGCGCCCAACGGAUAUAAAAUUGUCUGUCAUGGCAAGGCUGACGAAGCACCAAACGUUAUCACUGGUGACCUAAUAAUUGUGGCACAAGAAAAAGAACAUCCAGUCUUCAAACGAAGAGGAAACGACUUAGUUUGUAACUGGACCAUUUCGCUUCGCCAGUCUUUGUUAAAAGAACCCUACGCCAUCACAAAUAUUACUGGUCAGAAAAUAUUAAUUAAACCCGAAAGUAUAAUAGCUCCAGACAUGAUCAUCAUGGUUCCCAACCACGGUAUGACCAUACUAAACUCGAUGGGCCGUGGUAACUUGUACAUUCACCACAAAGUGCAAUUCCCCACUUCGAUUUCGCGUGAGCACUUGCCUAUCCUCAACAGCAUAUUCCCAGACCCAGCAAAUAUCAAGAAAAUUUCGACUGAUGGAGCGGUUCCUGUGCCUACUAAAAUGGUUAACAGCAUGCCAACUGCUUCAAACGACAAUUACCACAAACAAAGGUCUGAAACAGAAGAUGAACACGCUAGCAACGAAGUUAGCUGCAACCAAAUGUAA